AUGCCGUUUAACUCAGUUUCCUCUGUCUGCGACUUUAGACUCUCGUCCUUCGCCACGGCGACAGAAAUAUCUGCCGGAGCGAGGUCAACCAGCCCGACAUCCACGUCACUCAGGCGAAGGCCGCAGCACCGCCAGCGACAUUCCCGGUCCAGCUCGUCAGUCGCCGCUUCGUUCCAUACCGGACAAACCCCAGCCGGCGAUUGGCAAGGAGCAGCAACCAGCACAACAAAGUGGCGUUGUCGGGCCGCCAUUCCGCACCAAGCCGCUGGUUCCAGAAACCGAGGUUCAGCUGAGGAUGAGUCGGACAUAGACGGGCUGGCAGAAGAGAGCGCGGUGCUGCGAAUCACGAACCACCACGUGGAUAUGGACCUAUCGGCAGACGACACGGCAUCAGGCGACAGCGUGCGAGCAGUCGCAUGGUCAGACGAUAGCGGGUUACUCGUAGUCGAAGCAGACGACGCGAGCGAGAUUAAAAGCAACGGUAGAGGGGUUGAACGGGCUGUGAACGGCAGUGCCCUAGGGAGAGAAAGCGGAGAGCAGAAAAUAGUGGCGAAGGAAGAGGAGGGGAUGGGCGGAGAGGAGGAGCUAGGGGUGGCGAGUGAGCUUCCUAUACCGAUAUUAUCUUCCGCAGAAGAACCCAAACGGCCAUACGAGUUCAAGAUCCUCAAGGAGGAGCUGAAGUUUUCACGCUACCUGAAUGUCUUCAACCGAGUUGUCGAGCAUCCCCCCCAGCCUCUCCCCAACGGCCAAACCCUCCCAGCCAGCAUGACCCGACCAGCAUCAGAUGAGCACCCGGUCGGCGGCGAUUGUCUGCUAGCGGAGGAGUUCGGGGUGACAGAAGAGAGGCCGAACAGCAGCGGGCACUCGGGCGGGUGGAUAGGAUACGGGCUGGAGCUGGGGCAGGUGCAGGGCGAGCAGGGGGAGCAGCGGGCGGAGCUGUGGCCGCAGCAGGUGGUGGAGUAUGAUGUGGUGGCGGCUACCACCAAGUCGUGCCACUUCGUGUGCGUGCUGCCGUUCCAUUCAAAGACCAAGACGGUUACUCUACUGAAGGAAUACGCGCAGGGAGCAAACGCCCUCGUCUAUACGGUGCCGUGUGGCGGCUACACGGACAACCACACGUCCCUGGAGGACUGCGCUCGCAGAGAGCUGUCUGAAGAGGCGAGGCUGUGUGGAGGGCAGCUCAUCAAGCUCGUGGGGGACGACCAUCCCGGCCUGCUCGAGGUCAAGUGGUGCAAGAACCGAUUCACUCCCUUCCUCGUCAUCGACCCUCAGGACGAUUCCGACCCUCUCCCAAGGGAUUUAGAGGUGACUUUUGAGUCGACUCAAAAGUCACCUAGAGGAGUUCGUAGAGGUGCACCGAGUGCCAAUGAAGGACCUGCGCCCACUCCCCUUUCUCUUGUCUCCUCGCCCCAAUUCCCCACUCUGCAGGACGAUUCCGACCCUCUCCCAAGGGAUCUAGAGGAGUUCAUAGAGGUGCACCGGGUGCCGGUGGGGGAUCUGCAGGGCAUGGCGCUGAGUGGAGACAUGCUGCUGCCCUCUGUCGUCACCUGCACCAUGGCUCUCCAGUAUCUCAAGGACAACGGCUGGCUGUAA